CCCUUCAGAGUUGGUGCAGAUUGAGGGAGGGGACAUGCUUCCCUGUCCUGCAUCAGCCGCUCUUUAGAUGCUGACUGCCUAGGGAGGAGCCAGGGACUUGCAUGAGGCGGUUUCCUUAUGCCCCUGCCAGCUGACAAAGGACAGUGCAGUUGCAGCAGAGUGUGUGGGUUUCUGCAGGAGGGGAGGGCUUUCUGAAGAAAUGGGUGAAAAACUCACUUAUUGAUCUCUGUGUAGAAUUUACUGUCCCUGUAUCCCUCCUCUUACAGUGGGCAGCAAAGGACCAUCUGUCCCCUGUAUUGAGGUUCUCCCUAUGUGUAUACCUGUGGCAGAGGAAGGCAGUGUGUUGAUUCUAAGCACUGAACAACGUAUUUUUGUCAUACAGAGUAAUGGUACCUGAGAAUCUCAGAAGAAGAGGAAAGAAAGAAGGAAUGGCUCUUGCCAAGGGACGGUUGACCUUCAGGGAUGUGGCCAUAGAAUUCUCUCAGGAGGAGUGGGAAUGCCUGGACCCUGCUCAGAGGGCCUUGUACAGGGAUGUGAUGUUGGAGAACUACAGGAACCUGCUCUCCGUGGGUGAGGAUAACUUCCCUUCUGAAGUUGGAAACCUUUCUGCUAGAUUUGCAAUAAAGGGAUUAUCACCAAGAGAGGACAUUGAUAAAGGAGAAUUCUACCAUUUAAUGAUAUUGGAAAGCAAUGGAAGGCAUAGCAUCAACAAUUUUGACCUCAAGGAAGUCUGGGAAAACAUACAUGAGCAUCAGAAUGAAUGGGGAUAUGAUGCAAGAAAUUACAAAGGAGUGCCUUUGACUCAUGACAAAAAUCCAACUUAUAGAAUAGAUUGGCCACAUGAUAAAUCUUCAAUUAAUUUUCUACAAAAGCAGAAUGUUUCUGUAAAAGGUAAUACAUACCAAUAUUUCAUGCAUGAUGAACCGUUUAUAAGGAAUUUGUUGAAAGUGAAAAAUCACAUAAGCAAUGCUGGAAACAAGUAUAUAAAGUGUUUGGAAACUAGAACUGAAUUAAGUUGGCAGGCACACCUGGCUGAACUGCAGAGAUUUCAAACUGAGGAGAAAAUUGAUGAAUGCAGAGAAGUUGAGAAGUCUGUCAACAAUGGUUCCUCACUUUCACCACUUCAAAGAAUUCCUCCUAGUGUCAAAAACAUUUGUAAUAAAUAUAGCAAGGUUUUUAAAUAUCCUUUUUUACCUGCACAGUAUGGGAGAACACACAUUAGAGAAAAAUCUUACGAAUAUAAUGAGGGUGGGAAGCCUUUUAGCAAACGAUUAAACCUCAUGAGUCAUGAGAGAAUUCCUUCUGGACCGAGACCUUACAAAGGUAAUGAGUGUGACAAAGCUUUUAAUCAGUGCUUGAAACUUGCUACACAUCAGCAAGUCCAUACAGGAGAGAAACCAUAUAAAUUUGAUGUAGGUUGCAAAGCCUUUCAUCAAAACUCAAACCUUGCAAGACAUCAGAGAAUGGAUACUGGAGAGAAAUCUUACAAAUGUAAUGAAUGUGGCAUAGCCUUUGCUGAGCAUUCAGGCCUUACUCAGCAUAAGAAAAUCCAUACUGGAGGUAAACCUUAUGAAUGUAUUCAGUGUGAUAAAUCCUUAAGCAGAUUUGGAAGCCUUAGAAGACAUCAGAAAAUCCAUACUGGAGAGAAACCUUACAAAUGCAAUGAGUGUGGCAAAGCUUUUAUGGAGGGUUCACAUCUUACUCGACAUCAGAAAAUCCAUACUGGAGAGAAACCUUACCAGUGUAAUGAAUGUGGCAAGGUCUUUAGUCAAAAGUCAUGCCUUAUAAUUCACCAGAGAAUUCAUACUGGUGAGAAACCUUACAAAUGUAAUGAAUGUGGCAAAGCCUUUGCUUGGCAUUCAAGCCUUACUUGGCAUAAAGGAAUACAUACUGGAGGGAAACCAUACAAAUGUAAUGAGUGUGGCAAAGCCUUUACAGAGAGUUCAUAUCUUACUCAACAUCAGAAAGUCCAUACUGGAGAGAAACCUUACAAAUGUAAUGUGUGUGGCAAAGCCUUUAGAGAGUGUUUAUCUCUUACUCGACAUCAGAAAAUCCAUACGGGAGAGAAACCUUACAAAUGUAAUGUGUGUGGAAAAGCCUUUACAGAGCGUUUAUAUCUUACUCGACAUAAGAAAAUCCAUACUGGAGAGAAACCUUACAAAUGUAAUGAAUGUGCCAAGGUUUUUAGUCGAAAGUCAUGCCUUGCAGUUCACCAGAGAAUUCAUACUGGUGAGAAACCUUACAAAUGUAAUGAAUGUGGCAAAGCCUUUGCUGGGCAUUCAAGCCUUACUCGGCAUGAAAGAAUCCAUACUGGAGGGAAACCAUACAAAUGCAGUGAGUGUGGCAAAGCCUUUAGAGAGCAUUCAUAUCUUACUCGACAUCAGAAAGUCCAUACUGGAGAGAAACCUUACAAAUGUAAUGUGUGUGGCAAAGCCUUUAGAGAGCAUUUAUAUCUUACUCAACAUAAGAAAAUUCAUACUGGAGAGAAACCUUACAAAUGUAAUGAAUGUGCUAAGGUUUUUAGUCGAAAGUCAUGGCUUGCAAUUCACCAAAGAAUUCAUACCGGUGAGAAACCCUACAAAUGUAGUGAAUGUGGCAAAGCCUUUGCUGAGCAUUCAAGUUUUAGUCAGCAUAAGAGAAUCCAUACUGGAGAGAAACCUUAUGAAUGUAAUCAGUGUUACAAAUCUUUUACCCGAUUUGCAGGCCUUAGAAGACAUGAGAAAAUCCAUACUGGAGAGAAACCUUACAAAUGCAGUGAGUGUAAUGAGUGUGGGAAGGCUUUUAGCAAAAGCUCAAACCUCACAAAUCAUGAGAGAAUUCAUUCUGGACAGAGACCUUACAAAUGUAAUGAGUGUGGCAAAGUCUGUAGUCAAAGGUCAAACCUUGCAAGUCAUCAGAGAAUUCAUAGUGGUGAGAAACCUUUCAAAUGUAAUGAAUGCAACAAAGCCUUUGCUGAGCGUUCCAGCCUUACUCAGCAUAAGAGAAUCCAUACUGGAGAGAAACCUUACAGAUGUAAUGAAUGUGGCAGAGCCUUUGCUGAGCGUUCAAAUCUUAGUCAACACCAGAAAAUCCAUACUGGAGAGAAACCUUACAAAUGUAAUGAAUGUGGCAAAGCUUUUACCCAAUUUUCGAGCUUUACUAAACAUCAGAAAAUCCAUACUGGAGAGAAACCACACAAAUGUAAUGUUUGUAGCAAGGCUUUUAUCCAAAGUUCAAGCCUUAUGGAACAUCAGAGAAUUCAUACAGGAGAAAAACCUUAUAAAUGUAGUAAAUGUGAUAAGGCUUUUAUCCAACAUUCCCACCUUUGGGGUCAUGAGAGAACUCAUACUGGAGAGAAACCUUACAAAUGUAAUGAGUGUGGCAAAGCCUUCAUGGAGCGUUCACAUCUUAAUCGACAUCAGAAAAUCCAUACUGGAGAGAAACCUUACAAAUGCAAUGAGUGUGGCAGAGCUUUUACUCAAUUUGCAAACCUUACUAGACAUCAGAAAAUACAUACUGAAAAGAAACGUGAUAAACCUAAUAUAUGUGGCAGGGCUUUUAUUCAAAGGUCAAGCUUUGGGGAUCAUCAGAGAAUUCAUAGCAGAAAGAGACUUUACAAAUACAAUGAUUGAGACAAAACUUAUACAAGUGUCAAGGCUUAUUCAACAUCAGAGACUCCAUCCUGGAGAGAAACCAUAGAAAAGUAAUGGAUGUGGGAAAGCUGGUAACCAGGGUUCACACCUCACUUGAUAUCAGAAUAUACAUCUUUGAGAGAAACACACAAAUGUGAUGUAUGGUAAUGUGUAUCGAAAGUUUAAGCCUUGUGGAACAUAGAAGUCUUACUGGAGAGAAAUUUGACAAAUGUAAUGAGUGUGAUCAGCUUUAUCAAAAAUGUACAACUUUGUGGUCACAAAAGAAUUCAUAUAAGGUGGAAACCGUACAAAUGUAUCAAGGCCUUUAAGCAAUUACCUCAUGAUACAUCUAAGAAUUCAGACAAAUAUUCAGACAGAAGUAUUGAAAUGUAAGGAAAGUGAUGAAUUGUUGAACUAAUUUUCUCGAUGGACUGCACAGAAGAAAAUUUAUACUAGAGGGAACUAAGUCUAUUACUUUUGAAGAUGGACCAACCUCAGAUGAUAAAUGCCACAGAGAAUUAGAAGUUAAAAUUAUUUAAAACUCAUGAGAUGUAUGUCCAUGGAGCAAGGACAUCUGUGGAAAGGUCUAAUUACCUUCAGUUUAUAAAAUGUUUAUUCAGUUCUUUGAGGUGUCUUGAAAAGGCUAUAUUUAUUAAUGACUUAUAACCUGGAGUUUGAAGCCUGUUGAUGUUAUACUUUCAUACAUGCUUUUCAUUUCUCACCAUGAUGAUCUCAGUGAAGGGAUCUGUAAGAUGAAAGGACCUACUUCAUUAGGAGGGUUUAUUCAUAUCUAUGGAACCUGGAAGAACUAGGACACUAAUUUCAAGAUACAGUCUGGUAGAAAUUUGAGAUCAUGGGGAGUGGCAGAGAAUAGAUGUAAAAGUAUUAUCUAAAUUAUUGUGCUUUCUGUGGUCAUGGCCCCUUCUCUAGAUUUGUUGAUAUGACUGUGUACCUCUGUUAAUGAUCAUAGGAAAGGAUUGCUGUACUGGAUGAUCAUGAAACAGAAGGCCAGGAUAUUGAGAGAGUGACAUUUUCACUGAGUAGAAUGAUGGGUUACCAGGGAUGGCAUAUGUGGUAGAAAAAUGGAGGGAAAAGAAUGAUAUCUCUCUCUUUUGAAAGGUAAUGGCUGGUGUAUAUCAUAGAUUAAUGAAUAUUAGUCUUAUUUUUGGAAACUGAAGAGACAGAGUUAUAGAGGACAGUUUAAUCCAAAGAACCAGAGUAGAAGGUGCUUGUGAAGGAUUCAAAUUUGACCACUGAAAUUGUAUUUUGAUACUAUUUUAUUUAGAAUGUAUCAUACUUCUCAUGUCUGUAUAAGUAAAAUAAAAUGUUUUUUUUAACCAUGA